AUGUCAUUCAAUCAGAGACGGCGCAUUCUGAAACCUCUGCUCUACACGGCGGGAGCUGUUGUCGGUGGCGGUGGACUUCUCUACAUCUCAUAUCGCCCUCGCAAUCUUCCCGGCUCCGAUCCUGCCGCUGUCCCUCCGCCCACUACCCGGGGUGGUAAGCUUCAGCCUCCUCAUUUCCCGGUCAUAAAGUCGCGAGAUGAACAGAUCAAUGACCUGAAAAGGCAUUCGACCGCAGUACUGCCCAUAAACGCUCUGCGAAGCUUGGUUGAGUCGGAAACCCAGUCUACCGCUCAGGGCUCCGUCGAGAGCUCUGCAAAGGCAGACGGAGAUGAUAAUGUUUAUGAUAUGCUUGUGAUCGGUGGAGGUGCAACUGGGUCUGGAAUUGCUCUCGAUGCUGCAACUCGUGGCCUGCGCGUUGCCAUGGUCGAACGGGAUGAUUUCAGUGCCGGAACGAGUAGUAAAAGUACAAAGCUGGUUCAUGGAGGCGUCCGCUACCUGGAAAAGGCCGUUUGGGAAAUGGAUUACAACCAGUAUGUUGUCACGACACCACCUCUGGCAUUCAAGGAAGCCCUACGUGAGAGGAAAUACUUCCUCCAUACGGCCCCCCAUCUGUCUAUGUGGCUUCCAAUCAUGGUUCCUGUGCAGAAAUGGUGGCAGGUACCCUAUUUCUGGGCAGGAACUAAAUGCUACGAUUUUCUUGCUGGCUCCGAAGGCAUCGAGAGUUCGUACUUCUUGCCCCGAAGUAAGGCUCUCGAUGCUUUCCCGAUGCUAAGAAAAGAUAACCUUUUUGGAGCUUUGGUUUACUACGAUGGAGCGCAUAACGAUUCUCGUAUGAACGUAUCCUUGGCGAUGACUGCAGCUCUAUACGGCUGUACCGUUGUCAAUCAUAUGGAAGUUACCGAGCUGACGAAGGAUGCCAACGGCAAACUUAAUGGCGCCAAAGUCAAAGAUCUGAUUGCGGAACGAGAUGGAGAGUCAAAUAGCGAGUUUACCAUCAGGGCUAAAUGUAUCAUCAAUGCCACGGGACCCUUCACUGAUUCCAUCAGGAAGCUUGACGAGCCCACUGCCAGUGAAAUCGUGGCCCCAAGCUCUGGCGUGCAUAUCAUCCUUCCAGGAUACUACAGCCCCGCAAAGAUGGGACUUAUAGAUCCUUCAACUUCUGACGGUCGUGUUAUUUUCUUCCUCCCUUGGCAAGGAAACACGAUUGCAGGUACAACGGACAGCCCAACUGAAAUCACCAAGAAUCCUAUCCCUUCUGAAGAGGACAUCAACUGGAUUCUUAACGAGAUCAGAGGAUACCUUGCACCCGAUAUUAACGUUCAACGUGAUGACGUUCUAGCUGCGUGGUCAGGAAUCCGUCCUCUUGUUCGUGACCCGAAAGCCAAAAACACCGAAUCUCUUGUCCGCAACCAUUUAAUUUCCGUCUCAAGCUCUGGUCUCCUAACAUGCGCGGGCGGUAAAUGGACGACCUACCGUCAGAUGGCAGAGGAGGCAGUCGAUGAAGCCAUCAAGCAGUUUAACCUUCAACCAGGAAAGCUACGCUCAACCCCAAAUACGAGCGGCGUUCUCUCGUACAGCGACAACGCCGUGCUUGACGGAACAUGCCAAACCCACAGGGUCCGGUUGAUGGGCGCUCACGGAUACUCGAAGACGCUCUUCAUCAACCUUAUCCAACACUUUGGCCUGGCAACUGACGUGGCCAAGCAUCUUACCCAAUCCUACGGCGACCGCGCAUGGGAGGUUGCUGCUCUGUCAAAGCCCACCGAUGUUCGCUUCCCGCUGAGAGGCCUUCGUCUCUCACCACUCUACCCCUUCAUUGACGGGGAGGUUCGGUACGCGGUCCGCCGCGAAUAUGCCCAAACAGCGGUUGACGUCCUGGCCCGACGAACGAGACUGGCUUUCCUAAACGCCCAAGCCGCUCUCGAGACCCUGCCCACCGUCAUCGAUCUCAUGGCGGAAGAGCUUAAAUGGGAUGCGAAGCGGAAACAGGCGGAGUGGGACGAUUCCGUAAAGUUCCUCAUGUCCAUGGGCCUUGACAAAACGCGGCUCGGGAUCUCCAGAAAAGACGUGGAAAAUGGAAAGUUCUGA